AUGCCUACCAUUUCGGUCGAUAAGUACGCGCUCUUCAAGGAGCUAGGUCGAAACUACACGACGGAAGAGUUCGACGAGCUGUGCUUCGAGUUUGGCAUUGAGCUUGACGAAGAUACGGAGCAUUCGGAGCGACCGAUCGUCGACGGAAAGCAAGAAGCCCCUCAACUGAAGAUCGAGAUCCCUGCGAACCGAUAUGACCUCCUCUGCUUUGAGGGAAUUUCCCUCGCGCUCAACGUUUUCUUGGGCCGAAGAUCGUCGCCGAACUACAGACUGGUCCCUCCGGCAGGCGGAGAGCUCCAGAAGCUUAUUGUCAAGGAAGAUACGAUGAAAAUCAGACCGUACGUUUCGGGAGCAAUCCUCAGGAAUAUCACCUUCGACGAGGCUCGCUACGAGUCAUUCAUCGCUCUUCAGGACAAGCUGCACCAGAAUCUUGCCCGCCAGAGGACGCUGGUGUCCAUUGGAACGCACGAUCUGGACACCAUCAAGGGACCAUUCACCUAUGAGGCUCUCCCGCCAAAGGAGAUCAACUUCAUCCCGCUGAACCAGACGAAGAAGAUGAACGGUGAAGAACUGAUGACUUUCUAUGAGAAAGACAAGCACCUCGGAAAGUACCUCCACAUUAUUCGAGACUCGCCGGUGUACCCCGUCAUCUAUGACUCCAAUCGGACUGUCUGCUCGCUUCCCCCAAUCAUCAACGGCGAUCACUCCAAGAUAAAAUUGAGCACAAAGAACGUUUUCAUCGAAAUCACGGCUCUGGAUAAGACGAAGCUGGAGAUCGUGAAUAAGAUCAUGGUGACCAUGUUCUCCCAAUAUACUGCCGAGCCUUUCACGGUCGAGCCUAUUGAGAUUGUCUCGGAGCACAAUGGCGAAAGUCGACAGACCCCCGACCUCAGUCCUCGCACCACGCAGGCCGAGGUCUCGUACAUCAACCAAUGCUGUGAUUUGAAGCUCACCCCCACUGAGAUCGCGAACCUGUUGACAAAGAUGGCCUAUCAGGCUAAGCCGUCUUCAUCUUCCCCGGAUCUCAUCGAUGUCGAUGUGCCCCCAACCCGGGCUGAUGUGCUGCACCAGGCAGACAUCAUGGAGGACGUGGCCAUCGCCUACGGUUUCAACGAGCUUCCUCGAUCGUUCCCCAGCAAGUCUGGCACGAUUGCUCAACCUCUCCCGAUCAACAAGCUCACGGAUAUCCUCAGAUUCGAGGCAGCCAUGGCUGGUUGGUCCGAAGUGUUGCCGUUGAUCCUGUGCUCGCACGACGAGAACUUUGCUUGGCUUAACCGCAAAGACGACGGUAACACCGCCGUCAAGUUGGCUAACCCCAAGACUCUUGAAUUCCAAAUCGUUCGCACCAGCCUUCUCCCCGGUCUGCUGAAGACGAUCAGAGAGAACAAGCACCAUGCCGUGCCCAUGAAGAUCUUCGAGGUCAGCGACGUUGCCUUCAAGGACUUAGCCCUAGAGCGCAAGAGCCGCAACGAGAGGCAUUUCGCGGCUGCCUGGUACGGUAAGACCAGCGGUUUCGAGAUCGUCCACGGUCUGUUGGACCGUCUUAUGGCCAUGCUCAGGAGCGCCUUCAUCACCAAGGAGGAAGGUCUCCAGAACCAAGCCGUCGCUGACGCCCAAUACUGGAUCGAGGAGCUCGAUGAGCCCACCUACUUCCCCGGCCACGCCGCCUCCAUCCACGUCCGGAUCAACGGCAAGGAGCAUGUCAUUGGUGCCUUUGGCAUCUUGCAUCCUACCGUCUUGGAGAAGUACGAGCUGAAGUACCCCGUCAGCACGCUCGAAAUGAACAUUGAGGUCUUCCUGUGA